AUGGCGUUCUGUUUGCCUAUGGGGCUGAUCCCCCUGUGCUAUCCAACCCCUCCUACCCCAAAGACGGGCUUCCAAAAUCUCCCGGCAGAAAUCAAGCUUGUUAUCAUCCGCCACCUUCGUCGUGACACCUUGACAUUGAGCCGUGUGGCUGCCUGCAACAGGGAGCUAUAUAACAUGGCAAUGCCUGAGCUGUACGCCGAUGUAUCUUUGGGAAGUUUUCCUCAUUAUCGAAUUUGGCCCGGUGUAGCAUGGCCCGCUGAUCGUCGCUCUAUUGAACUCUUUCUUCUUACGAUCCUCCGCAAGCCUCACCUUGCGCGACUCGUGAAAUCCCUUGAUUUGACAGACCUGCACGAGCUUUCCUACUCGCACAGGCUGAGUAGUACUCACCCGGAGAGAAGACAGCUCAAUCUUCAACCCCUCCUUUCACGAGACCAUGAAAUGAUCAUGGAUGCCUGCAUGCAGUUACCAUUGUAUUCAACAGUCAGGGUGGCGAUGUACAAAGCGCUUGAGCCCAAUGUCCCCCGCUCAGAUGCGUUGCUAGCCGUUCUUCUGGGGUAUCUGCCUGCCCUGGAACGUCUUGAGAUCCCGAUGGAGAGUGAGGACCCGCUCAGUACUCCAGUCGCAGAUUGGAGCCUGGUUGAACGUGUCUUGAUCAGUAUUGCCGGUGCACGCUCGAUGUACACCGAUGAAAAUGGCAUUUCAAGAAUGCUUCCACCUACCCUGUCUAAGCUCACCCACCUGAAAGUCGAAGUCGACGCAAAUACGCCCUCGGCUGAUGUUGACUGGCUCACGGUGCUUCUUCGAAUUCCCACGUUGACCCAUGUAUUCGGCACCAAAUGGACCAACGCAGGACGGUGGAUCAGACCUGUACCUGGAUAUUCCAGUCUCGUCCACCUCGAACUUCGUGACUGCACCUUUGACGCCCUGAACUUUCGAAGGCUCCUCAAACAAACCCACAAGUUACAAACCUUUAUCUACCAACGCGGGUGGACGAUUUACAGGGAUUGGGUCUUGAAAGCUUCGGAUCUCAGCCAAGCACUUCAAUACACAUCUCAGACCCUGACCUGUCUUGAACUAUCAUUCAAUCGAAGUGGCCGCAAGAUUUACGAGGACUUGUAUCUUCAGCCUCUCAAUCUAUCGGGGCUUGUUCAUUUGAAGAGACUACGCAUUUCGGCGGGCUAUCUUGUCCAGACUGAAGGGAAAAUGGAAUAUUUCGAGGGUCGAUUUUGGCGGCUGUAUGACGAAGAAGGAUCUUACAACAGUUUACAGCCUUUGCAUCAGCUACUUCCCAAAUCACUUGAGCAGCUGCACAUCUUCCAAAUCCACGAUUGUUUCGAGUUCACGCUCGUGCGUGAUAAGCUGUGCGAAAGUCUCCAGAGCAGAACAGAGCCCCUUUCGCCGGAGCCUCACCAAUUUGAACGCCUCAAAGAGAUCAUAAUUGAGGCUCCUUUUGAGGACAAAGGCGUGCACUUAUUCGAGAAACUCUUCAAAAUCACAAACCAGGUUGGAGUGAAGUUGACAACAAUUGAAAACUCCGCCGAGUACGUCAGAUCUUGGAUCAACACAGCCAGCCCCUCGAGAGUAUCAUGCGCAGACAAAAAUAUGGACUGGGGGUUUGACGGCGAGAUCCAGUGGGCACAUCCCUUCAUCCAGCGAGGGGAAUUGGAAUUUUGCCUCCGCUAA